AUGAAUUCUUCUCAAGAGACAAAUGCACAGGAUUUACAAGCUUCUGAGCAUCUCGCUUUUCUUAGACGAGUUUCCCAGCAGGCGCAACAACUAGAAGAAACACAACUUGAAGAAGAGGAAAAUGGAAUCAGUUCUUCAGUAGAUUCAACAACUUAUCCGCCUGAAAUUCAACACAUUCGUAGCAAUCUGAUCGAAGCUAGUUCGCAGCUAUUGUAUGUCUCUGAGGGUGAAGAACCAUACGAGUUUGUAUUCAUUCCAAACGAUCAAAUCGCCUCAUUACCUGACAAGAGUUCAGAGUUUGUUUCGUUAAUACGACAAGCGGAUUUUAACAUUAUGACAGAAGAUGAAAAGAUGACAGAACACGAGAGUCAAGUGCAGACAUUUCAGGAGUUCUUUGAACCGCUCACUGGUACAAAUAUGGAGGAUCCCUAUGGACAAAAGGAAGGAUACAAGGAACUACAGAAAAUUGUUGAGGCAUCAUUUCGAGGUAAAGAGAACGUGAAAGUAUAUAAAGUAGGUGAAUAUCGCAGAGUUGGAGUUUACAUUGUGGGGCUCGUGAAAGGAGUUGGAAUCGCUGGACUUAAAACCUUAAGCAUUGAGUCUUAA